ACUACCACUGCAGGACAGCAACCUGCGCUUACAACACAACCUGCCGUGUCUAAACCUGUGUCGGUGCCUACACCAUCUACUUUGAAAAACAAAACGAUGGAAGAGAUCCUUAAUUUCUGGACAAAGGAAUUGGAGAAACAAACAAAAGAUUUCCACAAGCAAGCAACCCAAGUUUCUCAAUGGGAUCAACAAUUGAUAGAAAAUGGAAACAAGGUUUUUAUAUACAUAUUUUUCAUUGUUUUGCUUUGCUCACAUUAUUUUUUUAAAAAAAAAAAAAAAAAGAUUGCUGCUCUUCACGAGAACGUUAAAAAGGUUGAACUUCUUCAACAGGAAAUUGACUCUAAUCUGGGCUACAUCAACACCCAACAGGAAGAAUUAAGCUCACUUCUUGAUCAAUAUGAGAAGCAAAUCAAGGAUGUCUUUAAUGAAAGCAAUCUUCAACAGCCUAUGCAAACAGCCGAUACACAAAGAGAAAAGGCUUACGGUUUAGCAGAAAGCCUCAAUAGUCAGUUGGAUGAUGUUAACAGAAACUUGAAUAUCAUGGUUGAAGAAAUUAACAAGAUGGGUACCACCAAACAAUCCGCUGGUGAUGAAGAUGAUGUGGUUGGUCAAAUUGUUCAAAUUCUUAAUUCUCACUUAUCUUCCUUACAAUGGAUUGAUACUCAUUCUGCAAAGUUGCAAAACAAAAUUCAAGAAGUUAGUAAACUGCAUGGAGAAGUUGCAUCCAAUGUUCACUUUCAUUAAAUAUAAUUCCACUUUUUUUUUGUUUUCUUUCUUUCUUUCUUUGAAU